GCCCUCCUCCAGAAGCGACGAGAUCCUUCGAGAGCUUCUUUCCCCCCCUUCCUGCCCGUGCCCCCGCCCCUGCCCCCGCCCCCGCAGCCCUCUCGGCCGCCUGUGUCCCGGCAGCCGAGCCGGCUCGGAGCUCGUGCGCUCUCAUACCUCGCGUCCUCCCUCCCGUCUUUCUCGCUCUCGCUCUUUCUCUCUCCGUCUGUCCGAACGUCAGUCCUCAGGCCCGGCGGCGGGUGGCGCGCGCUACUGGGAAGCCACGCGGGGCCUCGUGCGUUCGCCUCGCUCUCUCUCCAACUCCUCCCCCGCCCCCGGUACUGCUCGGGGCCGCCGGGCUCGCGUCCCAGGUCGGGGCCAUGUCGGUGAUAGGCAUAGACCUGGGCUUCCAAAGCUGCUACGUUGCUGUGGCCCGGGCCGGCGGCAUAGAGACCAUCGCCAAUGAGUACAGUGACCGCUGCACCCCAGCUUGUGUUUCUUUUGGUCCUAAGAAUCGUUCAAUUGGAGCUGCAGCUAAAAGCCAGGUUAUUUCAAAUGCAAAGAACACAGUCCAGGGUUUUAAGAGAUUUCAUGGCAGAGCAUUCUCAGAUCCAUUUGUUCAAGAAGAGAAGUCACACCUUGCUUAUGAAGUUGUGCAGUUGCCAACAGGUUCAGCUGGCAUCAAGGUAACGUAUAUGGAGGAAGAGCGGAAUUUCAGCACUGAGCAGGUCACAGGAAUGCUCUUGUCCAAACUAAAGGAAACUGCAGAAAAUGCCCUGAAGAAACCGGUUGUUGACUGUGUAGUUUCGGUCCCCUGCUUCUUUACAGAUGCUGAGAGGAGAUCUGUGCUGGAUGCCACACAAAUUGCUGGUCUCAAUUGCCUACGACUGAUGAAUGAAACUACUGCAGUUGCCCUUGCAUAUGGAAUCUAUAAACAAGAUCUACCUGCCCUAGAAGAGAAACCAAGAAAUGUUGUCUUUGUUGACAUGGGACAUUCUGCCUACCAAGUGUCUGUGUGUGCAUUCAACAAAGGAAAACUCAAAGUUCUUGCCACUGCAUUUGAUCCAACACUAGGAGGUAGAAAAUUUGAUGAGAUGUUAGUAAAUCACUUCUGUGAAGAAUUUGGGAAGAAAUACAAACUAGACAUCAAGUCCAAAAUUCGUGCAUUGUUGCGACUUUCUCAGGAGUGUGAAAAACUCAAGAAAUUAAUGAGUGCAAAUGCUUCGGACCUCCCUAUGAACAUAGAAUGUUUCAUGAAUGAUGUUGAUGUAUCUGGAAUUAUGAACAGGAGCAAAUUUCUGGAGAUGUGUGAUGAUCUCUUAGCUCGAGUGGAGCCACCACUUCGAAGUGUUUUGGAACAAGCCAAGUUAAAGAAAGAGGAUAUUUAUGCAGUGGAGAUAGUUGGUGGUGCCACUAGAAUCCCUGCAGUGAAAGAGAAGAUUAGCAAAUUCUUUGGUAAAGAACUUAGUACAACAUUGAAUGCAGAUGAAGCAGUCACACGAGGGUGUGCAUUGCAGUGUGCGAUACUGUCUCCUGCUUUCAAAGUACGAGAAUUUUCUAUUACUGAUGUAGUGCCAUAUCCAAUAUCUCUUCGAUGGAAUUCCCCAGCAGAAGAAGGAAUAAGUGAUUGUGAAGUCUUCCCGAAGAAUCAUGCAGCUCCUUUCUCUAAAGUUCUCACAUUUUAUAGAAAGGAACCAUUUAAUCUUGAGGCCUAUUACAGUUCUCCUAAGGAUUUACCUUACCCAGAUCCUGCCAUAGCCCAGUUUUUGGUUCAGAAGGUGACUCCGCAGACUGAUGGAUCCAGUUCAAAAGUUAAAGUAAAAGUUCGAGUCAAUGUACAUGGUAUUUUUAGUGUGUCUAGUGCAUCCCUUGUGGAGGUACACAAGUCUGAUGAAGGUGAAGAGCCUAUGGAAACAGAUCAGCAUGCAAAAGAGGAAGAGAAGAUGCAAGUAGAUCAAGAAGAACAGAAAACUGAGGAAAACCAACAUCAGAUACAAGGGGAAAAUAAGACAGAAUCUGAAGAAAUGGAGACUUCUCAAACGGGGUCCAAAGAUAAAAAAAUGGAUCAACCACCUCAAGCUAAGAAAGCAAAAGUUAAAACUACCACUGUGGAUCUCCCUAUUGAAAAUCAGUUGUUAUGGCAGAUAGGAAGAGAAAUGUUGAAUUUAUACAUUGAAAAUGAGGGUAAGAUGAUCAUGCAGGAUAAGCUGGAAAAGGAAAGAAAUGAUGCCAAGAAUGCAGUGGAAGAAUAUGUUUAUGAAAUGAGAGAUAAAUUAAAUGGCCUGUAUGAGAAAUUUGUUAGUGAGGAUGAUCGUAACAGUUUUACUUUGAAACUAGAAGAUACUGAAAAUUGGUUGUAUGAAGAUGGAGAAGAUCAGCCCAAACAUGUUUAUAUUGAUAAAUUAACAGAGUUGAAGAAUCUGGGUCAGCCCAUUAAAAAUCGAUUCCAGGAAUCUGAAGAAAGACCAAAAGCAUUUGAAGAACUGGGGAAACAGAUCCAAAUGUUUAUGAAAAUAAUUGAUUCUUUCAGAAACAAGGACGAACAGUAUGACCAUUUGGAUGCAGCAGAUGUGUUGAAAGUUGAGAAGAGCACUAAUGAAGCAAUGGAAUGGAUGAACAACAAGCUAAAUCUUCAAAACAGACAGAGUCUUACUGUGGAUCCAAUCAUAAAGACAAAGGAGAUUGAAGCAAAAAUUAAAGAGCUUACAAGCAUUUGUAACCCUAUAGUUACAAAGCCUAGACCUAAAGUGGAGCUUCCAAAAGAUGAUGAGCAUGUGGAACAGAAUGGACCACUAGAAGGACAAGGUGAUAGCCAUGGAGGGGUUCAGGCCACUGAACAGAAUAUAGAUCCAAGCGCCUCCCCAGAUUCUGAGAAGAAACUUCCUGAAAUGGACAUUGAUUAAUUCCAGUACUUGUUUAUAUUAAAGCCCAUAUCAUAAAGCUUUAAGUUGUCAACUUUGUUCUAAAUAGCAAAGAGAACAGAUUAAUAUUGCAAGUUAUUUAGAGUUCAUUUUAUGGUUUUUUUUUUCUCUUGAAGGGAAAAUGUAUUGAAUAUGAAAACUGCAAAGUGCAUCAAUACACCAUCCAAUAUGUUGUCUGUUUUCCUCCUA